AUGGAGUACUGUGAAAUUCAUCCUGACCUCUAAUAUAUUUAUAUUUUGUUAAAUCCUAGUUAAAAUAAUUUGUUCAAAUGCGCGUAAUGUGUGAUUGAUGAAGACAUAGAAAAUACGAAACAACUCAUCUUAAUAAACAAAAUAUUAUAAUGUGAUGAUAAGACUAUGUUUAUGAAUUGGCCUCCUAAUGAUUCUUGUUAAAAAUUAUAAAAAAUAAUGAAUCUAAUUAAUAAAAACUAAGAUGGAAAUUUUAAAUUAAUUAAAAGCUCUAUCUAGGACAAUUUCAAAUAAUUAAAGUCUGACCUAAUCGACAUUCUGAAUAAAGAGGAGAAUAAACUUAUUUCGAUUAUAGAUACUAACAUUAAUUAUUUAAUUUAGUUUCAAAAUCAAUAUAAUAUUUUGGCUGAGAAAGAAAAAUUUAAGAGUAUUGUUACUCAUUCUUUAGCAAACAGAAACUCUUAAUUUUAGAAUUUAAGUAAUUUUAUUCAUUAGAAGCAAUAAUAAUUAUAAGAAGUAUCAUAAAAUAUGUUUAGGAUAUAUCCAAAGGCUUUGCUAGAAUUCGAUGAAUACAAAUUGAAGCAAGCAUUUAAUCUUAUUAAAGACUAAAUACAAUAAUAAAUAAAAACAUUAGAUGAAUUAGUGUUUAACUUAAAAGAAGCACCUGAAGUUAAGAUUAAUUAAUAUCAAAAAUAAUUAUAUUCUUCAUAAGAAAAUUAAGAAUUUUUAUAAUCAAACUACACCUAAAAUAAUUCUAUGGAAGCAAUACUGUAAAUUUUUAAUUAAAAAACCAACUUUUAGGAUUUAAACUAAACAUUAUAAACUUAAAUAGAUGAUAAAAAUAAUGAAAAAAAAUAGACUGAUAAAUAGAAUUUACUGUUUGAUUUGUAGUAAGUGACUGAUAUUUUUUCUGAUCGGUCAAGUAAAAAUUGUAAAAUACAAAAUUAAAAUUAUUCAUUCUCAAGUUAAGAAAAUAGUAAUCUCAAGACAGAUGUUACAUUAAAUAAAAAUGACCAAACAAAUUUAAUUUUAAAUGGGGAAAUAUCUUUGCUGAAGUCAUAAAAAGGUGGAGCUGAAACAGAUUUAGAAAUUGGGUAAAAUGAAUAAGGUUUUCCUUUUGUAAGAUAUAAACUAAGUGGUUAUGAUCAUUCCUAGUGUUACUUAAACAAAAUUAUAAAAUAUGACAAGAAAUAUCUAAUUAGAGUAAAUAUUGGAAUAAAUGAUCCAAUAAAUGAUUAGUUUAUUAUUGGAUUAAUAAAGCAAACAAAUGUUCAUAAAAUAUACAUUCAUUAGGAAAAAGUUUGCUUUGGAAAUUCAUAGUUUUCAUCUACGAGUGCAGUCUAAAAAGGAGGAUUACUUCAAACAUAAAGUAAUCUGAUUAAACAGCUAGAAUUUGAAAUUCAAAUUCAAUCAGGAAGCUUUAUAGUGAGAGAUUACCCUAAUUAUGAUUAUUGUAAUAGCUUAUAAAAUUCUACAUUUUUGAAAGAUUAAUCACAUUAAAACACAGAUUGGUUGUUAGGGUUUUUCUUUUUCUCGGGAUUUGAGCAAAUUAAUAACAAUAUAAUAGUAACUUAUUUUGCAGAGAGUUGA